CCCCGCGUGGGUCCUGCCGGAGAUCACCUCGGCCCCUUGGAGAGGCGGCCGAGCUGCGGCGGCGCAGGAGGGGGCGGGUUCGGCGAGGGCGCGGCCUCUCGGAGGGGGGCGUACGACGCGCGUCCCCAGCGCCCGCCUGGGCCACUCGGGAGCUUCCCGGCAGCCCGGUGCCCCACUUGGCAAUCCGCUCCGUGCUUCUUCCUCGCGCCCGCCUCCUCUUGUCACCUCCCGUCUCAGCCUCCCUGCUCCAUCCCCGCCGCAUCGACCGCCGGCCGAGUGCCUCCGAGAGCGAGAGGUGGUGCGCGGGGCUGCAGGGCGCGCCCUCACGCGGACCCCGGCCCGGCUUUGGGGGGCACGGGCAGCAGCAUGGACACCAAGCGCUGCUUCGCCAACCGCUUCGAUGACUACCAGGGCAGUCUGCUGGCGGGCCAGUGCGAGGAGGCGGUGGCGCCCUUGGUCACCGCCACCAUCGAGCGCAUCCUUCAGGAGCUGCCCCCGCUCGGGGGCGGCGCUGAGGCCCGGGGGGCGGCGGCCGCGGCCAGCAGCUGCCAGGGCGGGCUGUACGGCGGCGUGGCCGGGGUGGCCUACAUGCUCUACCACGUCUCGCAGAGCCCGCUCUUUGCCGGGGCCCGGGAGCGCUACCUGCGCUCGGCCAAGCGCCUCAUAGACGCGUGCGCCCGCGCCGAGGAGUGGGGCGAACCGGACGCCGACACCCGCGCUGCCUUCCUGCUCGGGGGAGCGGGCGUGUACGCCGUCGCCACGCUCGUGUACCACGCCCUGGGCCGGUCCGACUACGUGCAGCCGCUGGGCAAGUUCCGGGCUCUGUGCGCCGUCUGCGCGCCGGUGUCCUUCCUGGAGUGCGGCUCCGACGAGCUGUUCGUGGGCCGCGCGGGCUACCUGUGCGCCGCGCUGGUGCUCAAGCAGAAACUCGCCCAGGAGGUACUGACCCCAGCACAGAUCAAAUCAAUUUGCCAGGCGAUUCUGGACUCUGGGAAGCAGUAUGCCAUGAAAAAAAGGAAACCAUUCCCUCUGAUGUAUUCUUACUAUGGAACUGAGUACUUGGGAGCAGCUCAUGGCCUGUCGUCCAUUCUCCAGAUGCUUCUGUCUUACCACGAGCACCUCAAGCCCUCUGAUCAGGAGCUGGUGUGGCAGAGCGUGGACUUCCUCAUGGAGCAGGAACAGAACUGCAACUGGCCGCCUGAGCUCGGCGAGGCCAUCGAGAGAGAGAACGAGCUGGUGCACUGGUGCCACGGAGCCCCAGGAAUUGCCUAUCUGUUUGCCAAAGCUUAUCUGGUUUCCAAAAAACCACAGUACCUGGACACCUGUAUCCGGUGUGGGGAACUUACGUGGCAGAAGGGCCUGCUGAAGAAGGGGCCAGGGAUUUGCCACGGGGUGGCCGGCAGCGCUUACGUCUUCCUGCUGCUCUACCGUCUCACCGGAAACUCCAAAUACAUCUACCGGGCACAAAGGUUUGCUGAGUUUUUAUUUACGGAGGAAUUCAAGGCCGGCUCUCGUGUCCUUGAAAGUAUAUACAGCUUGUAUGAGGGAUUCUCCGGGACCGUGUGCUUUCUGAUCGAUCUGCUGCAGCCCAAUCAGGCUGAGUUCCCUCUCUUCAGCGUCUUUGUCUAGAAGGCUCCAUCUCCCACUGUGGCCCUGCAGAAGGUCCCUGAGAUUUCCCGAGCCUACCCGAGGCAGUUUCCACAUAAGCCACAUUCAAUGGUAUCACAACCAUGAGCCUUAACAUUGCCGCCAGAAGGAAGGAAGGCAGGGAGAAGGCAGGUGAAUGCAACAUGAUACCAGACGGAAGGAGGAACAGUUUGAGAACCUGCAGAAUUAAGACCCCACAGCUCUUCUAAACACCGCAGAGACUUAAAGUUUCAGGGAAUAGUUGUGAAACCAGAGAUCAGAGGAAAAAAGGAAAGAGAAAUCAUCCGUUUUUCAGUUAUGGCAUAGAAAACAAAGCUGAAAUGUGGACUAUGUCGAUAAGAUGCCAGUACUUUUGCAAUUGGAAAGAGAAUUUGGCCAUUUGUGGGUGCCCUCCACCCCUACAUUCAGAAAUGAACACAAUAAAAAAACCAAAGUAAUUGCCCAGCUGCAAAUUGCUAGGAAAGAUAAAAUGUCAGAUUGCUGAAGGACAAAAGAGGAAACUCCUUUAUUUAUUCAAAUUCAUGUUUUUACUGAAUGGAGAAAUUUGCAGAUGAAUCUCUAUCUUUAAUCAUUAUCUGGGCCCUUCAAAGGAAACAUAUCAUAACCUUUUAUUUUUGAAGAUUUCGUUUUUAAGUAAUCGCUAUGCCCAGUGUGGGGCUCAAACUCACAAAACUCAGUUUAAGUCCUGAAAUUUGAAGGGUCUAACAUCUCUUUUGGGCCUAACAUCUCUUUUCCUCGUUCCCUUUUCUUUCCUAAAGCUCAAUUAGAAUAGUAAAGUUCAUAGACUAGCAAAUACUGUAGUAAGUGUUGCAGUCAAGUAUUUUUCUCAAUUUGAAAUGUGAGCUGUGUCUUCUCUAUUGUUAAUUCAUAUUAAAAUGCUUAUGUAAUCCCUAUGAAACUAUUAGCUGAACUGUAAAAUACACUUGUGGUAAAAAUUGCUCAUCUCAAAGAUCAGGGUAGCCACUACAAAGUUAUGUCGUUUCUGCCUUUCAUGGAAUACUAGGUCUCCUGGGACAGGCAGACCCUGGCUGAGAAUGAGACCUAGUGAUGGUGAAAAGAACAUUGCUAAAGUUCAUGCUGUUAGAUUAAGAGAUGAGUGAACUCGUUGGCUGAUUGCCGUAGUCCUCAAGACACAGGCUCCACUAGAAACUGUCUACGGUCCCCACUGAGCCAAGCUGUCAUAUUAAAUUCUACCCUGCUAUAGACAUGUAGAAAUUGUAAAACUACUUCAGGUAAAUAGGGGUUUGCAGAAUACAGUAGAUACACCUGUCAGGUCAACGUGAGCUUACCCAGUUCCUAGAAUUUGGUUACUGGCGAUUUCAUACAUCGGAGUAAGGAGGGACUUGUGUGCCAUACAAGAUUUAAGAAUUAUUGAAAUAGUCAUCAAAUAUUUGCAUAUAUGUGAUAGAUGAAAAAUAUAUGUGUGUAUUCUACAUCUAUCUCCAUGUAAACCCAAACACUUAUUAAUUCAGUAAUUCCUAACUUCUUGCUUUAUAGAUAAACUGGGAGGAGUUGGGAAUACUCUGUUGCCUAAAAUGUGUGUGUGUUUGUGUGUGUGUGUGUUGACAUGUAUGUGUGUGCCAUGUGCUCUGUGUGUGUGUGUGCAUAUGUGCACACUUAUUUUCCUGGGAAGAGGUUCUCUAGCAUUUACAAGAUUCUCAAAGAAUCUGUUGGCGCUCAUCAGAACAAGCAAGGACAAAAUGGUUUUGAAAAACAUGCACCUUUUUCAUUUAUUAUUUCAUUUUCAUAUCCUCAGAUAUAAAUAGAUGAAAUUGGCUUCACUUGUUCAUUUUGAAAAUACUCAGGCUGGAGCAACAUCACAUAAAUAACAGCUUCAGAUGACUCUCAAAGCUGGGUUCUAGAAAUUCUUUCAUGAAUAGUCGAGGCCCUCUCAGAAAGCCUUAAGGCAAAAUGCCUUCUGUGGAGUAGUCUCCUUUUGAAAUGAUAGUGGUAUACCUGUUUUUCAGCAUCUGGUUUCAAUGCAUUCUCUUUGGCCUCUAAAGGCUGAAAGUAAUAAGCAUACAAUAUACCGGGCUUUGUGCAAUACAUGUUUUUUUUUAUCAUCCGCCAAACCUUCAAGAUGAUUUAGGUAAUUGAUCCAAAGUCUCACAGCUGGGACGGGGCAGAAUGAAAAUUCAAAUCCGGGGUUUCCCUUCACGAGUAUGUUUGUUCAGUCUUCUAGACUAGAAUCUGGGGAUACAGCAGUAAACCAAAGUCCCUUCUGGAAGGUACCUUUGGUUUCUGUUUGCUGAUCCUUUCACCGUUCAUUUUGACACCUGAAAUCUAAAGCCCUAAGAAGGGAUAAUGUAGUUUGACAUAUGAGUUUCAUUUCUAGGAACUUCAGGACAACUGGACACAUUCAUCCUCGCCCACCCUCUUAAGGUCUAGCAGGGUAACCAUGACCUUGUGCUGACCCUUCGGAAAAGGCAACCCUUUUGUGUGUCAGAUCCAAGCAAAGGCCAUGUUUGAGUGUUUCUUUAUGAGUUGACACCUGGGUAAAUGAGAAACAAGGGUAAGCUUGUUUAGCACUUAAACAUGCUGAUAGUUUUCAUUUUCCUGAAAGAGUUGAAUUGUAGCUUUUGGGAGACCCUCUUCUAUCUUGUAUUCUCAAGAAAAGGGAAAAGACCCUUAAGUGUUGCAGUAGAAAGC